UGAAUUCUGGAAGUGUUUUCCAAUUCGUCUAUCGGUUUUAUUCCUCUCAAAAAUUCUUUCAAAAGAAAUAAAAUAGGAAUGAUUCAAACAUUCUUCGUCUCUGAAGACCGAAAGAAGUUUCGCCUUCCGUUUUUUCUCUUCCACCGAAAGAACCAAGAUGUAAAGAACGAUCCGAAAGUCUCGAGUCUUAUUCACGGCGAAGACAAAGGAACGAAAUUCUUCCGACGUAUUUUUAAUUUUUUAGCGGUCGAAAAUCCGAAAAUUCUAAUUUCGGCCGUUAAAUUUCCUCCAGGUGGAUACCCUAAUUAAUAUUCCGUACGUCCUCUCUGACGCAAUACGUGAUGUCAAACAUGACGUCAGCGUCGACGAUUUCGAUUUGUCCCGGUAACGGUCGUCACGUGCGCCUGAGCAAAUGAGCGCCAUUUUUGUUCGCGGUAUUUGUCGACGAUCGAUGUUUUUCUUCGGUUAUUUAAUCGUUUCGAUUAGUUUUAGUGAAAUUCAGUCGGGAAAAUGUCGUUGGUUUCGCAGCGAAUGCCGAUGAGACUGAACUGUUUGGACGACGUCAGGAAAAGACUGGGUUUCGUCGACGACGACCGAGCUUUAGUCGACGAUCCGGACGAUGCUUUUAAUAUUUGGAAAGAAAACGUUUCGCGGGAAGAGGAAGAGAAGAAGGACGAUUGCCGAUCGGAUUUGUGGUCGAUGAAGCGUGUUUGUGAUUCUCCCAAGAAGAAUCGUCUCAUGGGAAGAUCCAGGAGACAGAAAUUGAAGGAGUCUCACAGUCCUCCAUACAAACCCGUAAGGGCUUUAAGACUAUUCGAAGAUCCUCAGACUCCCAGGACUCUGUUAGAAACGUCGGAAGCUACGUCGGAAGAGUUUAAGAAGAGAUUCAGGAGUCACAUCGCAGAAGGAAUUCGCAGGAACCGUUUAAAAUAUAAGAACAAGUAUCGGAAUGCAGAAGCUAACGUCAACCCUUUCACUCCUAUGGGAAUGCUAUUGAAAUCAUCCGAAAAACGAAGAAAGAAUGUUAAUUACAGCAUCAACGGCCGUAAUAGUGCAGGUAUUGUUUGUACUUUUGAACAAAUUUUUGAUAUAUAUCCUAAAGAAAAUAGUGUAUUCAGGUACAAUACAGAAUUUUUAGAGAUUUGUCAGAUUGGUUUUGGAGAAUUUGGUAGUGUUUAUAAAUGUAUUCAUCGUUUAGAUGGAUGUAUUUAUGCAUUGAAAAAGUUACAUAAACCACUAUAUGGAAGUGUUAAUGAAAGAACAGCUUUAAACGAAGUUUAUGCACAUGCUGUAUUAGGACAUCAUCCUCAUGUUGUUAGGUAUUAUUCGGCUUGGGCCGAAAAUGAUCACAUGUUGAUUCAGAAUGAAUACUGUAAUGGUGGAAGUUUGGCUGACAUGAUAGAAGAUAAUAGCCAGUCUGGAUGUACUUUUACAGAAACAGAAUUAAAACAAAUAUUACUUCAAGUAGCUGAAGGACUGAAAUAUAUUCAUUCUUUAGGACUUAUUCAUAUGGAUGUAAAGCCAGGUAUUUCGAGCAUUCUGAACACUAGUGUAGAAGACCUGAUGGAUGAAGACAAGGAUGAAGAUGAUGAUGGGAUGGAAGACUCUUCACCUUCGUUUUCUCUAAAUAUGAAUUUAAUGUUUCAGUUAAAUUUUUUAAUGCUUUGUGUUUUUCUCUCUCAGAAAAUGACCCAUCCCGAUCCGGAUGUCCGUCCCUCGGCCGCAUCACUCACUCAACACAAAUUUUUGGUAAAUUAUGCUAAUAAAAGUAAGGUCGAAUUAACCAAAGAAUUGAAUGCAGAAAAAUUGAAAAAUCAAUUAUUGUCAAGGAAACUACAAGAAGCAGUGAUGUAUCUGAAUAAUUUGCCUGAUCAAAAAUUGACGGGAGGAGGAAGAUCGACUAGGUUGGUGGGACAGAAUACAACUCGACGCAGUUUGAGUACAACCAAUUUCUGAAUGACGACGUUUUAGUCGGAAGUGUAAAAUAAUGUCAGCGUUCUCGUGUACAUUUUAAUAAUUCGGAAGGAGUUCUUCCGAUGCUGGUCAUUACUAGUUUUGUUGUUAGGUCAUGACCCAGAGAUCGGAGAUUCCACAUUUUUUCCUUCCUGCCUUCGUUCUGCCAUUGUAAUUAAUUAAAAUGUAAUUAGAUUUUCAUACAAAUCGUGAUAUUUUUUAAAACUCUUCACUUAAAUGACAUUCCAAUUACAUUCUGCCAAAUUCUUCCUGCUAAUAUGUUGGCAGCUUUUUUGUAUGCACCCGGGUCAUUUUUAUUGAAAGUCAUGAGUUACGUAUCGCAUCAAAGAAUGAAAAAAAAUUAGUGUGAUAAAAGUUAUUAAAAUUUGCCCAAUGUGUUUUAAUAAAGAAAAUGUUCUUAUUGGUGCGAUCUUUUAUUGACUUUUUUAUUUACAUAGUGUCAGUGUAUUUCAAAUUGACUGAUAUUUAGGGUAUGUGGUUAUUAAGAACAUUUAUCUGUUCCUAUGAGAAAUAAACUGCAUCCCCUAAAAUUAUCAGAAUAAAUGUAUGCUAAACAGUUUGGUGGCAUGUAACAGUUUUUUUCAAUAUAAAAAAUUAGUUGCAAAACAAAUUGCCAAGAGCCUAAACAAAUUCCAUAUGGAUAAAACACCAUUAACUGUCUCCAAGCUACCGUUGGUGUAUUUUUUAAAAAACUUCAUACUUACAAGAAAAGUACUGUACAUUUUAUGUCACAAACCGAUUUAAUUAAACAUGGUAUCAAAUGAAAGAUAAUUAAUACUUGUAUUCUGCAGAUAUUUUAGUGAGAUUAUAUGAAAACUUUGAUAUGAGCCAUAACUCCUUUAUGGUUCAUUAAAGUUUUUGUGUAUAUACAAAAAAACUAAUUAGAUGAUAACUGUUCAGCUAAUUAGUAUAGUAGUAAUAUUUAAGAUUAAAAUUCGGGUUGGCAAUGAAGUGGUGAAUAUAAAAAUACUAACACCAACCACAGCGAACACAAGAAAUGCUCAAUAGAAAACUGGCACUAGUUCUCGACUUAAAAAUUUGUCGGUGAUUUGAAGUUACCACUUAUCAAAAUUUGGCAUAUGACAUCAAUCGAAAGGAUUUUUAACCCUAUAUUUUACAUUAGUUUUUGCUUACGUUGUGUGAGUUGUAUGUUAUAUUAAUUUGUGUUUGGUAACACAUUCUCAAUAUCUAAUGUUUGCUAUUCUGCAAAUAAAAAUAUGUCCUAUUAAGCUCUCAAUUGACAUUUGUUUGUCAAAAUCAGUUGGUAACAUCAAGUGUACAGUACUUCCCUUGUUACACUGCCUUUCUACUGCAACUUUGCUGUCAACAAAGAACAGUGAAAAAAAUUACACCACUGAUGCAGAUGUUUCUCCUUUUCCGAUUUAUUUAACAUAAAAAGUUACUAAUUAAAAAUAAUUCUAUUGGUAAAAGAGUAAUCAUUUAACCUGAUGACACUUAGGCGUUUUAUUAAACAAAUUAUCGCGGUGUAGCGUUAUCCAGUAAUUACACUUUAAUUUCUGUUUUUUCGACUGGAUCACUAGAGAGCUUUUUUUAUGCCCAUCCGUGGCGGGUUCUUGGAGUGGUGGAAGAGGAAAGUAACCCUUAUCAGUCCAAGACUCGAUGACUAAAGACUUUCAAAUUGUUUUUCUUAGGAGGUUCUAGGCGCACCCGUUUAUGAAUUACAUAUUUUCUGCACUUUUGCAUCAAAAAUAAACUGAGUCGGGCCCGUCUCAGUAUAAACUGAAACUCACUGCUAACGUUUCAUUUUGUAUAAUUUUAUGGCUAAUUUGGGCAGAGAACAUUCGAUGUGCGGAUGAACAUGUUUAAUGCAUUGAUAUUUUGUUGUGAAAGAAAUAUCAUUCCGAUUUUUAUUAUUUUCUUUAAUAG